GAGAGAGAGAGAGAGAGAGACCUGUGGGUUUGCUCACCUGUUUAAACAUCGAUCAGCUCACAAUUCACGACAUGAUUCUAAAGCACGAGUAUCGGAGCAUCAUCCGGGGAUCCCAGAGGAAACUGUUUAUUUGUGCUGAGCAUCAUGUCUCUCAGCUGUGAUCUGCUCUGAGUUCAUGGCCUCUGAUGGGUCUCCAGUCAGAGAUGCUGAAGAGAAGCAGAAGAAGAAGAAGAAAGCGGAGCGGAGCGGGACGGACAGAGCUGAUGUGGAGGAGACAGAUGCUCAGCUGGAGAUCCAGAGACUGACCGCAGCUGGACAUGCAGCUCUCCAGAGCGGACACAACAACACAGCACUGCAGAGCUUCAGGAGCGCGCUUAAAGCUGCCUCCAAGCUCAGAGAGAAGAGCCUGCAGCGCAGGUGUGCGUUUAAUCUUGGCGCGGCGUACGUGGAGGCGGGCGAGCCUCAGAAAGGGCUGGAUGUCCUGUCACGCUCACAGCCGGGCGAGAGAGGCGAGCGCAUCGCAGACCUGCAGUUUAACCUGGCCACGGCCCACGAGGCUCUGGGGGACCGGACGCAGGCGGCGAGACACUAUCUGCAGGCCGCACAGCUGUACAGAUCACAGGGAGACGCCGGGGCCGAGGGACACACCUGCGUCAGACUCGCACACUGCCACCUGCUGAGAGAGGAGUGGGACGAGGCUGUAGCUAGCUUCCAGCGAGCGGCUGAGAGUUAUAAACUAGCUGGAAACACAUCUGCAGCUGCGCUGGCACUGAAGGAUGCUGGGAAACACAUGCUGCAGAGCGGCCGCAGCUCCGGCGAUGACAUCAUCAGCGUGCUGACCGACAGCCUGGAGAUGAGCGUGAACAUAAGCGAUCAGCAGACGCUAGGGAAGCUGCUGAGUGACGUGGCUCUGAGUUUCUCUCAGAUGAGGCUGUUCUCUGAGGCGUCCGAGUGUUUCGAGCAGGCGCUUCCUCUGGUCUCCUCCAAACCGCACAGACUGGCUGUGGUUCUGCAGAAUCUGGGCGCCGUCUAUAACAGUUUGGGUCAGUACGAGCAGUCCCUGAGGUUCCACCGAGAGGCAGCGGCGCUCCACGGCUCUCUGGGCAGUCGAGGAGCUCAGGGUCGCUGCUUCAGUAAUCUGGGGUUUGCUCUGAUGGAGCUGGGAGAACUGGAGGAGGCGUGGGAGAGUUACCUACACGCACAACAGGCCUUCAGAGACACCGAUGACCCGUCCGGUCAGUGGCAGGCCUGUGAGGGUCUCGGUGGGAUCAAACUUCAGAUGAAGGAUCCGGAUAAAGCCGUCAUGUACUAUAAAGAUGCCCUACGACUGCUGUGCAAAUGCCAGGACGUGUCUGCUUCAGUGCAGGAGCGUCUGGUCAGUGAACUGAGUGAAGCGUUACAGCAGAAGCUGCGCAUACAGCAGAGAGGACCACAUCAUGACCGCCGACAGCCCUGGUAACACCACAUAACACACACCUCUUCAGACGGUGCACGAGUGUGUUUCUGAGUGAAUGAAGCUGUAGUGUGUUGUGUCUGCAGGACGAUGGCUGUGAGGUCUGAUGUCCAGCGGUGGAGAGAGAUGCAGAACGGAGGAAACGCACCACCAAACGGGAAACAGCACAGCCGAACCAUCACCUCAUCAGAGACACUCCUGCAGCAGGAGCAAGAACACACUCAUCCUCACAGCACACUGCCAGAGACCAACAGGAAUCUGAAUAACACGUAUGAUAAAGCAGAAGUGAAUCAGCAGAUCGUCCCAUCAGAGUGUUCAGGAUCACCAGCACACGGUGAUGUGUCUGCUGUGAAGCCGAGGCUGAUGAACGGCAGACACCCAUUGGUCAGGAGCAUGGUGGCUCCGCCCAUCACUCACCUUGACAGAGAUGAGGCCCCGCCCCUGAUGAGGAGACUGAAGUCCAGAUUCUGCACUGUCAUGUGACAUAAAGAAUAAUUUCUCCAUAGAGAUGAGCUUUUCUAGUUUCUCAGGAGUUGUGUUUGCCAUGAAGACACUUCCAGACUGCAAAGAUUAAAGAUGAAGUCAAAACUGAAGCAGGAGCUGAACUCUCCAGAGGAGCUGCACCUGCUUUAGUAUAUAACAGAUGUUCUGUUAAAAUGAGACAUUUGAAAGGGUGGAUGAGACGCCCUGAACUCUUGUGAUGCCAACCGUGUGAUCAUAAAUCAUGUGUUAUUUCAUGGAGUAUUGCUGGAUUUCAGCAGGACACAUUAUUGUCUCAUUUCAGUUUUAUUACACUUUCACCAAUUUCAACAUCCUGAGUGAAUCCACCUGCCUUUUCCAACACUAAAGCACCUCCUGCACUGAUGAUAUUAAAAUAAAUUUGAUAUCAAAACUUUUUAAAAGUCAUUAAUGUGAUUUUCCAUUUAAAAGUAUUCCAUGAACAAAAAGACUCUUUU